AUCUUUAAAUUAAGUUAAUCGCAGUUACAGAGACAUGGCCAAAGUUGGAAUUGUUGGAAGUGGUUUGAUUGGAAAAAGUUGGGCGAUGUUAUUUGCUUCUGCUGGAUAUCAAGUUUUAAUAUAUGAUGUUGAUGAAGAUCAGCUCAGUAGAGCAAUCGAAUCUAUCGGAACUCAACUGGAUGAAUUUGAAAAGUCUGGAUUAUUGAGAGGAAAACUCAGUGCAAAAGAACAACUGAAGUUGAUAAAAACAUCAAGAAAUCUUGGUGAUGUUGUAGUAAAUUCCAAACAUGUUCAGGAAUGUGUAUAUGAAGAUUUGAGUUUGAAGCAAAAGGUGUUCAAGGAAAUAUGCAAGUAUUGCAAUAGUGAUGAAACAGUACUAUGCAGUUCAACGUCUUGUAUCAUGCCAUCAAAAUUGUUUGUUGGAUUGGAAAGAGUGUCACAAUGCAUUAUAGCCCAUCCAUGUAAUCCGCCGUCAUUGUGCCCGCUGACAGAGAUUGUGCCGCAUCCUGAAACAUCACAAGCUGUGAGGCAGCGCACUCGAGAUUUAAUGGAAGAAAUUGGCCAAGUUCCAGUUUUAUUAAACAAGGAAAUAGAUGGUUUUGCUCUGAAUCGAAUACAAUAUUCAGUCAUCAAUGAAUGCUGGAGAUUAGUACAGGGAGGGUAUAUGACAACAGAAGAUGUUGAUAAGGUAAUGACUGCUGGCAUGGGAAUGAGAUAUGCAUUCAUUGGACCAUUUGAAACUUGCCAUCUCAACGCUGAAGGUACUGUACAAUACAUGGAUAAAUAUGCUGAAGGUAUAAAAAGAGUUUCUUCGACAUUUGGCCCAACACCAGAGUAUGAUAAGGAUUCUGUUGCUAAAAUUAACCAGGAAAUUUGUCAGAAAGUCCCAGAUACGAGGGAACAACUUGAGCAAAGGCGUAAAUGGAGAGACAAUGGUCUCGCUGAGCUGGCUAAGCUGAAGAAGCAACUACCAGAGUAGCUGGUCAUAAUUGACUAUUGUCGGAAAAUAAAUUCGAUUCGCGAUAAAAUCUAAUUUUCGUAUUUCAAUUAAUGUUCAUUAUCAAAGUGCAAUAUAAAUAAUUAUUGAAUCA